UUAAUCCUAGUACCUUAUCUUCUCAAAUUGACAAUUUCUUUGGAAAACAAAUAUCUUCUCUUCAAAAACUUUCAAACUAGCAACUUAACUAGGAGAACCAAGGUGAUUAAGCUGAGAAUCCAUGGCUUCCACUUCGACAUCAUCAAUAUCUCUGCACAGCAAUAACCCAAGAAAAAGCUUUUCAUCUUCAUCAUCAACACCUACAAUAAAACCAUUCCAAAAAAAUCUGAAAUUUCCAUUUUCAAACCCUUCAACUAAAAUGACACGUGUAAAAUCUUCUAGUACUACAAAAUACAAUGAAGUUAUUGUUGAUGAAGAAAUGGAUAGGAUAAGAAGGCUUCAAAAUGGGUCUGAUGUUCGUGGCGUAGCGUUGGAAGGCGAGAAGGGUAGGACAGUGGAUCUUACUCCUCCAGCAGUUGAAGCCAUUGGAGAAAGUUUUGGCGAGUGGGUUAUUCAUGGCUUGGAAAAGGAAAAACAGCGUGUCGUUGAAGAUGUUAGAGUCUCACUUGGUAGAGAUCCUAGAGUAUCAGGAACUUCUUUGAGUGUUGCUGUUUUUGCUGGCCUUUCUCGUGCAGGUUGUAUAGCGUUUGAUAUGGGACUAGCUACUACUCCAGCUUGUUUCAUGAGUACAUUGCUUCCUCCAUUUGCCUAUGAUGCUUCCAUAAUGAUGACGGCGUCACACCUGCCCUACACUCGAAAUGGUCUAAAAUUUUUCACAAAAAGAGGAGGGCUGACCUCGACCGAGGUGGAGGAGAUAUGUGACAAAGCAGCGCGUAAAUAUGCAAAUAGGCUUGCAAAAGUAUCGACAAUGCUUAGCACUCCACCAACAAGAGUUGAUUUCAUGAGCACUUAUGCCAAGCAUCUACGAGAAAUCAUCAAAGAGAGAGUGAACCAUCCCUUGCACUACGAUACUCCUCUCGAAGGAUUUCAGAUAAUUGUAAAUGCUGGAAAUGGAUCAGGAGGUUUCUUUACAUGGGAUGUACUAGACAAACUCGGAGCAGACACCUUUGGUUCCCUACACUUAAACCCAGAUGGAAUGUUCCCCAAUCACAUUCCCAAUCCUGAGGACAAAACUGCCAUGGCCCUUACCAGAGCCGCCGUUUUAGAAAAUUCAGCCGAUCUUGGUAUCGUUUUCGACACAGACGUAGACCGCAGUGGCGUUGUUGAUAACAAAGGCAACCCUAUCAAUGGCGACAAGCUCAUUGCACUUAUGUCUGCUAUUGUCUUAAAAGAACGUCCUGGUACUACAAUAGUUACCGAUGCUCGAACCAGCAUGGCACUUUCAAGAUUUAUUACUGAUAGAGGAGGGCAACAUUGCUUAUACCGUGUUGGUUACAGAAAUGUGAUUGAUAAAGGAGUUCAGCUUAAUAAAGAAGGUAUUGAAACCCAUCUCAUGAUGGAAACAUCUGGACAUGGUGCCCUUAAAGAGAAUUAUUUCUUGGAUGAUGGAGCUUACAUGGUGGUAAAGAUCAUUAUUGAAAUGGUACGUAUGAAACUAGGAGGAUCAGAUGAAGGAAUAGGUAUUCUCAUAGAAGAUCUGGAAGAACCUUUAGAAUCUGUACAGCUAAGAAUGAACGUAAUUUCUGAGCCAAGACAUGCCAAGGCAAGAGCAAUUGAGGCAAUUGAGAAAUUUCGAAGCUACAUUGAGGAAGGAAAACUGGAAGGAUGGGAAUUGGACGCCUGUGGAGACUGUUGGGUAAGCGAUGGCUGCCUUGUUGACUCAAACGACACUCCAGCAGCUGUUGAUGCUUAUAUGUACAGGGCUAAAGUAUCAAACAAAGAAAAUGGAGAAUACGGAUGGGUACACCUGAGGCAGAGCAUUCAUAAUCCGAACAUUGCGGUAAAUAUGCAAUCAAUGGUGGUUGGAGGAUGCCAUUUUAUGGCAAAACUUCUUAGAGACAAGUUUCUUCUGGCAAGUGGAGUGGACAAAUUCCUAGAUAUCACUCAAAUUGACAACUAUGCCAAAACUGGACUUGCAAAAUGAUUACAUGAGGCUGUAAAAUUUAUAUCACUGUUCUUUUUUUUUUUUUAUCAUAA